AUGGCAGACGCAGCGAAGCCCAAGAGGCGCCUCCCCUUCAAACCCACCGCUUUGCGACAAAAGUCCGACCCGAAGCCUGCGCCGCAGAAGAACGACGACGAAGAAGACGAUGACGACGAUGGACUUAGCCUGUUCAAACGCUCCGCCGAGUUUUUUCCCGUCGCAGUUGCUGAGCAAGAGCGGCGUAUGAAGCGGAAGCAGGCGGAGCGAGAGAAGAGCUCACAAGCGCGCUCGCCAGAGCGCGAGACGGAGCCUGCGCCGAGGGCCAGCGAGGAGCCUGGCAAGAACGACGUUGAAGAGGACACAAGGGAAAUCGGCACGCCGCCAUCAAAGCGCUCGCGAACCAGCGAUGAAACCCCGCAAUCGAGAACAAAGCAGUCGCCAUACGAGCGCCGUGAAGGCACAGAGACACCCUCGAAGCGCUUAACCCGCGCUGCCGCCUCGCGGACGCCUCGGAAGCAGCAGGUGAUACCUCACAAGCCCGUCAUCGCGAUCGAAGAUAGUGACGAAGACCUCGAUGACGUGGACGAUGUGGCGAGCGACGAUAUCUACGAAGCUUCACCCGUGCGCAAGACGCAACGCCGGAGACAGACUUCCGAGCCCGAGGUGUCGCCUCUCGUUAUUGACUCGGACGACCCUUUUGUAGAAGGAAUGGAUGAAGACAAAAAGUUACCAGUCGCAGUAGCGGUAGAGGAAGAAGAGGAAGACGACGAGUUUGAGGAAUACGUCCGACGCGCCAUGGAGCGUAAAAAGGCUCUCGAGCAGGACGAGAACCAGCUCGUCAACGUUUUCGUCACCUCGGAUAUACCAGGCACCAGAGAUCGGCAAUUCCGCUUCACACUUGUCAAGCCGCUCAAGGUGAUCCGCAUGAAGUGGAUUGAAGUUCAGCUGGAACGUAUUCAGAUGCCCCACUCGGCGCUGGAAAGCGUGUUCCUUACAUGGCGUGGCCACGAGUUGUAUGACACUACGACGUUGCAUAGUCUCGACCUGGAAGCCACGUUCCGCAAGAACGGCGGCGGCGACGGCGGAGGAGACUUGUCCGAGGGCUUCAAAGACGACGACUGGAAAAACGUCCAUCUGCAGAUGUGGACGCACGAGUUGUGGGAAGAACACGAAAGGCAAGAGGCGCGAAGGAGGCGACACGAUCUCGGAGACUACUCCGACGACGAAGGCGGAGAUCAGGGCGAUGGUGCGGAUGCCGUCGAGCCGGAGACGGAGCAGAAGAUCAAGGUUCUCCUCAAGACGAAGACGGACGAGCCGCUCAAGACUUCGGUGAGGCCGUCGACCACGAUCGGAACGCUUAUGGAGCUGUUUCGGAAAAUGCGCGGAUUGGCCGCGGACGCGCCCAUCACCCUCAUGUUUGACGGCGACGAGCUCGAGGAGGAGAUGACGGUUGAGGAGGCUGAUAUUGGCGACAUGGAGACGAUUGAGGUCUACAUAAGAUGA